AUGGCAAUUGACCAAGAUGUCAAAGAAUUGUUAAUCAUGAGAGACUCGGAUCUGAUUAUCCAACAAGCCGAAAGAGAAUGGGAGACUCGAGAUGUCAAACUUAUCCCCUACAAGAAACAUGUGGAAGAUCUUAGCAAGAAGUUCAAGUCAAUAGAGUUUAGGUACAUCCCUCGCUGUCACAAUGAACUGGCCGAUGCACUUGCUACUUUGGCCUCGAUGCUGUCAUACCUAGGCAAUGCCCAUAUUGAUCCAUUGGAAAUCCAAAUCCAGGAACGUCACAGUUACUGUAAUACGGUUGAGGCAGAACCGAAUAUUCAGCCAUGGUAUCACGAUAUCAAAAGAUUUCUUAACCAAAGAAUAGCCCGAGCGAGCCAGUAG